GGUUACUAGACGCAACCUAUAUAUGAUAGUAUAACGUCUUAUGAGUAAGACUUUGAGCUUUGCUAGAGUUUUUGGACUGUGCUUAGUGAGAUAGGAGUCCUCACACACUUCGAACUCUUAUCACACACCGUCGAGGCGCUCUUAUUUGGCAAUCGCCCUCACCUUAGUGCAAGUGGAGGCCAGGUUAUACCAUCGUCGACGUUUUAGCAAAGUGUAGCCGGCAUCUAUUGCGCCUCCUAAGCAACCGGACGCGACACAAUGACUCUCGACUUCAAAGAAGUUGCUCCUGACCCAAAGGCGAAAAAGGACCAGAAGCAGAAGCCGCGGCCUGCAGUAUUGGCCGAGCGGAAAGGAAAGGGUCCUGCUCCACUCCAUCUCGAUAGCCAAGUGAUUCCCACGCUGGUCCGCAAGGUUGGCGACUGGAAGACGGGGCGCAUCUCCCAAGCCAUGUGCGAGGCCUACCUCGAUCGCAACACGCUGGUGUUUGACCGCGAGCUGCUCACAAAGAUGUUCACCGAAGCCGACUACCAAAAGGAGGGCUCCCUGGACACUCGCGCCCUCACCAUCGCCAUCUCAGGUCGCUUCCCCAAGCGCGAGCACACAGCCGACUGGCGCACCCUCACAGCCAUGCUGCUCGGCCUGCCGGAGCUCGUACUCACGGACGACCAGGAUGUCGUACUUGUACGAACUACGGCAGAGCGCGCCGCCGGCGGCGGCAAAGUCGGCGGUACCUACAACUCGGGUAACAUCUGGGACAGCCCGCCGCCGCCGUUGCCUCCGGUACGGCGGCGGCGAUCUGGCAGCGGCCGGCCGGCGUCAUCAGGCACGGUGACGGCAAAGGAGCCUUCGGCGUCAUGGCUAGACACGAUGAAUCGUACGGCAGCGGCGUUGGUCGCUGCCGCCUCCGCCGCCGGUGACGGCGCCGCCGACGGCGGCGGCAGCGCGCCGGCGGGUAGAGGAAGCUUUUCAGGCAUGACCGCUAGUACGACGUUACCCGCCGUUGCAGCGGCGGGAGCGAGUGCUUCUCCCUCGCCUUCCCUUUCUCCGUCUCCUCCUCCUCCUGGCCGACUUAGCAGCGGCUACACGUCUCCGGUCCCCCGAGGCAGCUACUCGGGAGGGACGGUGCGGUCGGGCAGUGCGGGCGGAGCGCUUGACGCGACGGGGUCAUUGGCGGGUGGCGCCGCUGCUGCGGUGGCGGCGCAGGCGGGGGUGGUGGGUACCACGGGCGGACUGCGGCAGAUCAGCCAGACUGCUGAGGAGCAGCGCCUGAACGCAUCCCUUGGAGUCUCAGGCUUGUUGCCAUUCGGCGGCGAUGCACCGGCGGCGUUGUCUUCCUUUGACACGUUACGCAUGUUCAACAACUUUUCUCGCGGGCUGGAGCUCACUCCGCAGCUGGCGGCGGACUCAUCCGCGUUUCCUCAGGCGGCGGCGGGCGGCCCCGCUGGUUUGGAUCUCGGGAGUAUGGCGCUGGGAGGCGAGGGCGGCGUGCGAACGGCCUCACGGUUGGGAUCACCCAAGGAGCCGGUGCGGGUAUGGGCGGCGCCGCUACCCCCCUCCGCCAUCUCGCUGCCAUCCUCAGCCCUCAAGUCGCUGCGUGAAUCCGUCCGCAGUACGGCACUAUCCAAGCCGGAAUUCGGGCGGAGCUUCAUGCCGUUAAAUUCACAUGAUUUGGAUCUGAAGAGGACGUUGGGGCAGGACAUGGACAUGCAGAAGAGCCUGGCGCGUGUUGAGCCGGUGCGGGACACCAAGGUACUUCCGCGUGCGGAUUACGUGGCGUGGUGUGAUUACGCUGCGAACUGCCGUACAGGACCCUCUGGGUGGUACGAGCGGCACCCCAUUGCGGUGGUGCAGGAUAGCGGCGACCACAAGUAUCCCUGGUGCUAGGGUGUGGGUGGGGAGCGUUGUUGUUAACCUUGUUAAUCGGGCAGGUGUGUAGGACUGUGUAGCACUGCGGCAGGUUGGGGUUGGCAUGGGUUCAGGCGGAUGUGGUGCACCGGAGGUAGCAGGGCAGAGAGGGAUAGCGGGGCAGAGAGGGGCAGGGGUUGAGGAAAGGAAGACGGACAGAGCACAUGAAGUUUCUGCCGGGUUUAUAGGUACGAGAUGCAUGCUAGCUUCUAGGCGUAGUGUGGUAAGCUGUUAUGUAAGACUGAAAUCCAGUUGGGCUUUAAGUAUCCUAAGGACUAUAGUGUUUAGUGUAGGUACGGUCGUGUAUCUGAGGUGCGCAGGAGCUGCCCAUGUCGUGUCCGCAUGUAGGGAGACGUCUCGCACCUUAUCCCCUGAUUGAAAUCAUGGCCAAACCAUACCAAGGGAUGGCUUGAUAUGGGUACCGUAAGACUGCCGUACAUACAUGCCAUGUUGACAUGACGUGACAAAUCCUCUUCGCGUUUGUUUUCUUCCUUUUUCUGGUGGCCAGGAGCAAAACUUUGUUUACGAAACUGGCCGCGAGGAGCAGUUUGUGUGUGUGUGCAGCUUCCUUUGGCAGUGUUGAUGAUAUAUAACCGACAUCGAUCUCAGUUGUUUGUGGAGGUGAAAGAUACCUUCCCAUGGCCAAGUGGCCCAUGGGUCCUUCACACUGGGAUGAAUGCAUUUAUGUGUGCCUUGAGUAACGAUUGUGCGCAGGACUGUCGUGGCAGGUGGAAAUUCGUACGUCUUAUGACGCUACAACAUGUGCAGGGAUGUACCUGAAUGUCGUUUACAUCCGCUGUUGCUAAUCCUUAGUGGGAGGCCUGUCGAGCCCACCUGCUAUUUGUACUUUUCAACUUCUAUUGUUCUAUAACACAGCGCAAUGCUGGGGCAGAGCCCAACAGUGCAACAGACUUGCACUGUGUACGGGUGUAUCUUGUUGUACUGUCCGUGUCAUCAACUCCCAGGAUUCUUACUACCAUAUGCUUGACAUGCACCCUAACAAUUGCCUUGCCACAGCA